AUGGCCGACGAGCUUGCCAGACUACGAGAGGCUCUUGCGCAAGCUAAGCUCCAGGCUUCGGAGCAACAACGCCUGCGCGAAGAAGCGGAGAAUCGCGCCUUCGAUGAGCAACGCCGACGAGAAGAGGAGCAACGCCGACGAGAAGAGGAGCAACGCCGACGAGAAGAGGAGCAACGCCGACGCGAAAAAGCUGAAGAGAUUGCAAGAAAAUCGCAGCUACAAGCACUGGAGGGUUAUCUUGAGACCUGUCACUCUCUCAGUCUUGCUAUCCAGGUCGUCACCGACCGUUCUCUGACCACCCAAGGUGACACGACCAAUCCCGUCGGCCGUCUUUACCCCCAACGAAUCGCUGAAUGGCACGACUUUCCAGCAAGGCAAGAGGAAAUAUGGAAACAGCUCUCCAUCCCGUCCUUCGCCGAUAACCCUGUGUUCCCAUCCCAACACCAGAUGGCCUAUGUUGAGUCUUUGAUCAACCCGAUCAGCAGCGAGCAAGGCCUUCGCUCCUUCGAGCGCGACACCGUCGAGAAUGCAGUACAGAAGCUGUUUGCUGCAGUAUCCGAAAACACGCAGCUCCGAGACUCCCUUGGCCUACGGGGAACCGUGAUGUUCGAGAGCCACACGAAUCUCGGCACCGUCGACGACACACUUUCCAAGCCUCUCGAGCGCAUGUCCCUUGCCGGGAGCCAUGCCACAGAUACACCCCUCACAACGACCGCAGCGAUCCGAAAACCGCGCCGCGGCGCGAAAGGGAAAGGCAACCGAGCGGACCAGUUUUGCAUAUACAGGACGGCAGACGGCGCCAACAUCCCGGCGAUGGCCAUUGAGUACAAGGCGCCACACAAGCUAAGCCAGGAUGAAAUUGUUACCGGGUUGGCGUCUGAUAUCCAACCGAGACGAGACGUGAUCAACAAGGACUGCGAGGGCUUUGUCCUCGCGUCGAGGGCGCUCGCCGCCGCUGUCGUUACCCAACUCUUCUCCUACAUGGUCGGCAAGGGCAUGCAGUAUGGAUACGUCUGUACGGGACAAGUCUUCGUCUUUCUCUAUAUUCCAGACGAUCCCGCCACGGUCUUCUACCACGUGUGCGUGCCGAAUUUGGAUGUGAUCGAGGACGACGAGAACAGACUUCAUCGCACGGCUGUCGCGCAGGUCUUCGCCUUCAUACUCCAGGCCGUCCUUACGCCACCGCCCCCACAAUCCUGGCACGACGCCGCUGAACGACUUGACAUUUGGGACGUGGAGUUCGAAGAUGUGCUGAGCAAAAUCCCAGUGACAGUUCGCAAGGACAAAGAACACGCUUCCCCAUACAAGCCUCAGCGCUGGCGCGGCUUUACUCGCUCGCCAAUUCGGACUCGAUUAAGUUGCAAGCAGGCCAGCAUCGAGUCCGGUCUACCACAUGAGGACGAUGAUGAACCGCCACCCCCUUCACCGACGGCGGAUCGGUUGACUCGUUCUGGCAGGAAACCUGCGACAUCAGGCGCCUCUGGCGGCGCGGUCGCCACAUCGGACGCAAGCUCUGGAAAAGGAGGUGGCGGAAGGGGAAGGCGGCCAGACAUACAAGACCGAGCGUACUGCACCCAUCAGUGCCUUGUUGGGCUUGCACUUGGCGGCCCGAUAGACCCGUCCUGUCCGAACGCCCCUUAUCAUAAACCAGGCCACAUUAGCCGCGUCGACUUUCUGCAUCUUCUUCGUGCACAGCUGGCCGGUGACCGCGGCCGUGACGCCGACUCCGCACCGCUGUACCUGGCGGGAGCUGUCGGGUCGCUCUUCAAGGUCCGACUGUCCACCCACGGUUACACACUUGUUGCCAAGGGCGUCGAGUCAGCAAAUCGUGGCCGCCUACAGAAUGAGGAGAAAAUUUACAAUCAGCUCUCUGUUAUCCAGGGGAGGCACGUUCCGGUAUGUCUCGGUCUAAUAGACCUGGUCCUCCCAUACUACUGCGAUGGCCGUGUUUCCGAGCACUUCCUGCUGCUUAGUUGGGCUGGGCAGCCACUGUCCAAAUGCGUCGACCGGAUCGACAAGGUGGUUGCCGUCGACGCAAUCGCCAUCGCCUAUACCGAACUUCAUCGGCUCCGAGUUUUACACUGCGAUGCGGAAUUACGCAACGUCAUGUACAACCGAAAUAUUAUGGUCGUUGACUUCGAGAGAGCAGAGGUCCGCAGUCGCCAGCCUCUUGGCCCGCUCAGCCCAAACGGCCAAAACCGGAAGAGGAAGAGGGAACUACCACAGAAGAAAUGCAAGGAUCCUUUCACAGAAGAACUACAAAAGGUUGUGAGAGACAUCUCGGGAUAUUUCGGGCAAAGUUGA